CGCGCUAUGCGUUCAUGUGCAGGGUCUGAGCGCUGCUGCUGCUGCUGCCAACUGCUUAGUUUUCGACUUCGCAUCGUCAUCAUCUUCUUGCCCUAGUAUUUGGCAUGACUUUCGUUUUGCGAACUUCUCGAUCGACGCAUUUGAUGAAAGUGAGCAUGAAGUUUGUGUGAAGCUGUUGGUCUUCCCUUGUUGGUUCGGUUACUUGCGCUUUCGCUCGCUCGCUCUUCGCGUGGUCGGGUAUUUUUUUUUCUGGUUACGGACAGACGCGGGUUCUGCAGGUUGGUGGUUCGGUCUGCCAUUGAGGAGUCAUCAGCUGAAUCGCUGAGGCGAAAGGUAUCAAAGAGGUGGAAGAACAGUAUCUAAUACUUGGUCCUUGCGACAAACGUGGGAAGGCACAAGGAAGAGAAGGAAGGCUUUCGAGGUUGACUAGAAUUAUCGGAGGAACCUUCUGGCACAACCACCACCGGCAGCUACGAUGAUGCGCGAAGGAGGACCGACGCAGCAACAAGCGCUCGCUAGCUCUACGUCGACAACAGCUGAAGAUUCAACGACAUCUUCAACGACGAACAUGCGCGAUGUCGGCGACGCGGGAUGGACGACGGCUCCUCCACCUCCAACAACUGCUCUACCUACGCCCAAAUUCUCCUCUCUACCGUCUCCGGCCAUCGCGAUACCUCCUCCCGCGCCCACACAUUCAUCAUCGCCCGCAAAGAAGCAGAUGAUAACGCAGCACGCUGAUAGCGCAAGAGUGGACACACAAUUGAACACGCACAGAUUAGGGAUGAGAGUAGCCAUCGAUGCAGCGGCGGCAGCGAGCGCGGGAGUGCUAGUUGCGCCGCUAAUCACAAUGAUUGAUAAGGGAAUCAUCGAGAAUGCUAGCGGGCGGUGCUCACUGAAGGAGAGCUUGAAGGGGAGCUUGCGCGAGUUGGCAACGACACCAUUGAAAUUUAUAGGGGGUCGGCCGUUCGUGUUGAUCUUGUCUCUCUACUUCGGAACCUACUUCACAGCAAACUCAAUCGAUACGGUCUCCUCGACCCUCACCCCCUCAACCCCGCUCACAGCCACGACUUCCGGCACCUCAAAAUUCAUCGCAACAUCCAGCGCGAACCUCGCCCUCUGCCUCUACAAAGACUCGCGUUUUACCCAGCUCUUCGGCUCCACUACCUCUGCUGCGCGUCCCGUCCCCCUCCCAACAUUCGCCCUCUUCACCGUCCGCGAUUGUCUCACAAUCUUCGCCUCGUUCAAUCUACCCCCCAUCAUCGCCCCGCACCUCGAGCACCGCAUGAGUGAGGAAGUCAAGAAAUACGUCGGCGCUGCUAGUGUUGCACAGUUCGCUACGCCUGCUGCUGUACAGCUGUUUAGCACACCGCUGCAUUUGCUUGGGCUUGACCUGUACAACCGUCCCAGUGAUGGGGCGAAGAAAGUGUCUGUGUGGGGUGCCGAUGGCCGCGUGAAUCAGGUGGUAAAGAAUUGGGGGAUGAGCGCUAUUGCACGUAUGGGCAGAAUUGUACCUGCUUUUGGUGUUGGUGGGGUUGUGAACGCAAAGGUUAGGAGGGGGCUGAUGAGGAGAGUGGAAUAA